UUUUCCAUUAUGGUAUCCGAUAAAAUUCGAUGCGAGAAUGAAUUUAUAUUUUGUUAUACUUGUAAUUGUAAUCAGCAUAUACUAUAUCCCUAUAACAAUAGCAGGAUUAAGUGUUUGCCACAUUCAUAAAAUUAUCAGCUUGAGGAGCCGAUACCUAGUGAAAUUAUUGAAAAAGCUGGAUUUCAAUAGCAGAAGGGUGAAAGAAACGAAGUCUGAAAUUUUCCGUUGUGUGCAGAUUCAUAUGGAAAUUAGGAACGUGGUUCACGCAUUUAAUGAGUCACUGGGUUAUGUAGCCGCUUCAUCACAGAAUGCUUGUAACAAUUUGAUGAUCGGAAUGUGUGCAUAUUUAAUUAUCAAGGAAGACAGGUAUAUAUACAUUUUCUCAAUAGUAAUGUGGACUUUUUUGCAAUGGAUUUCAUGUUACUCUGGACAAGCUGUUGAAGACGCGAAUGAGCUAGUUCGAAUUGAGCUUUACAACACAACAUGGUAUGAAAUGGAUCCAUCCUUGAGAAGCACUUUCAAAAUUUUUCAGGCACAAGUGAGUUUACCAAUUCGUCUGAAAGUAAAACCAUUGCAAGCACUCAGUAUGGAACAUUUAACUAAUGUAACGAAAGGCGCUUAUUCAAUUCUUAUGUUCCUCCUUCGAAUAUAGACUGCUUACCAGAAUCUCUCAUUAUAUGUAUCUUUAGAUAAUAAAAAACGUGGCAGAUUAGUUCAUGUUUUUCAAAAAAUGAUUAUUUAUAUGUAUAAUAUAUACCUUGUAAUUCUAUGUUAUAAUAGUUAUUUAUACAACAAGUAUGUUAAAUGAACGUUUAUAUGAAUAAACAUUUUUAUAACUCACGUUUUAACGUCACGUAACAAAAUUUAAUUCAAUUUUGAUAAGGUUUCAAAUUCACUUUACAGAGAUUCAUGAAAUGACAUGAAAUCGCUUCGAUUGAUUGUUGCUUGUUGCUAGGGCUUUUUCCAUCCAUAGCAACAGAAGCAAUAUUACUUUCAUCCACUUAUGCUGCAUGCUCAUGUUAUUUCAUUUUACUUGUGAAUUAAAUAGUUAUCUGUGCAGCCAGUUGUAGUAAAUGAAUGUGAAAUA